AUGGCACCAGAGUUUGUGCGCUACAACUGCGAUCAUGAGAUCAUAGAUGUGGACGAGUUUCAAGUUGCCCGGGCCAUCUUCCGGGGGGAGACGCAGGCUCUUAGCCAGGAGGUGUUCGACCUAUGCGUCACUUUCGGGCACCACAGCACUGCGGCCGCCUUGGCGAAGCAUGGGGCCUGCAGCUUGGAGGCCUGGCACCUGGGACCUUUUGCUAGAUGGAAGGUGCGGCAGAAGCGUACACGUGUUAUUUGCGGGUGCGUCGGAAGCAUCCGCAGUACCGAAACUUGUGACUUUUGUUGCUGGGGCUCGGAGACCGAACGUGGUGAGUGGAUGCUUGACUGGGAUGCCGAGCUCGGUGAAGCUGUGGCUUCUGCUCGCGAGGCAGCGGAGCGUCCCGUGACCCGCUUAGUGCUCGCCAUGCUGCGCUCUGGCGAGGAAUUCGACAACCUUCAUAUCUCAGAGUCUGCCAUGGCCCGUCUGCUGGAUAUUGCCGUUCUUACUGGCGACUCGGACUUGGCACAGCGCUGCGCGGCACAGUGUGUGCGGCGGCCUCUGAGGCGAUGGCGGUCGGAGGAUUUCUUUGUACAGCCGCGCACUGAACUUAUCGCUGUUGCUUCACCAGACGUUUUCAUGGCCGCCAUCCUCGCAGGCAUUGCCCUACAGGGGCUGCUGGUUGGAGUACCCAGCUUAUUUGGCUUGUUCUGCCCUGGUGUCAUUCCAUUGCGCGGAGCCGUCGCAAUGUGCGGUGACCUGCAGCUUUGGCGAACUUUGGCCCCACUCUUGCCAGAAAGCCAGCACCCCUGGAGCCCGAGUCCGGGUAAGCCGGAGUCGGGCCUGCUCCUAUGCAGACAGUCAGCCCACUACCGUUCGUGGGAGCUGUGCGUGAACCGACUCCGAACUGCCUUGUUAGCGAACAUUGAUUUGAAACGCUUCGGAUUUUAUGACGGGUAUGCAUACGCAUGGAGGCAUUGCUGUCCUGCAUGUGCGGCAAGGGUUGGAUUCCUAGAUGGACUUAACGUCGGUGAUGAUCGACGCCGUCUGCUUGAUGUGGCUGUUUGCAAGGGGCAGUCGGAGUGCGCUGAGUUGCUCGCUUCCCGGGAGGCUUCUGCUUCUUGCUGGCUGCGUGAACUGUGCCUGCCGGACAUGCUGUGUGCAGAGUGCGGGGACGUGACAGUACCCGGGGUGGCACACGCGCCUUUGGAGCAGCGCCGCGCAACUGCCGGGGCGGCACUUCGUGCUGCCCUCACUCGCAGCAGAAAGCUUGUGGCUCCGAUGGGGUUUGUCGUCUACCAAGCCAUGCUACGAUGGGGCUGUGGCAAGAAAGUACCGCCACCACUGGUGAACCAUGUCCUGAGCUUCGCUGCAAAGAGGCCCACCAUCGCCAAGCUGCUGGAGGGGCUUGAGGACGAGUUAUUGCACGCAGCGGAUUCGGCAGCAGGCUCCGAAGUUCAGGAGCAGAGUCGGCAACCGGAGAUCAGCCCAACAAUGGAGGAAGGCCCAGAGUUGCAGUCGGUGCAACCGGCUGGUUCUGAAGUUGAGGAGCCGAGCCAGCAACCAGAGAUAAGUGCUACCACACCCGACAUGGGCGAGCAGGCAGAGCCUGUGGCAGAAAAGUCGGAGGAAGGCCCAGACGCGAAGUCCACCGACGACGUGCUGGUUGCCCUGCGCAAUUCCAAGGCUCAGGCCCAGGAAGUGCCUCUGAGCUCAGAUGGCGUGAUGCACUUCCGGCUUACUCGGAAGGCGCACGCUCCCCAUGUGAACGAGCUGCUGUUGGACCCGACGGGACCCUUGGCUGUUCUUCACCGGCGGGUUUUGGAGGCUGGCUGCGAGGUGGCGCCGGACUGGUCGCCCGUGAAGGCUUUGUUCGUGCCGUGCACCGUGGCCCAGAUGCAAGAGCUCUUGGCAUCUGCCGAAGAGGGCGGCGUUCACCCUCCGGAGCUCGGCAAGGAGCACAUCCUGGCCCUUCGAAGCGAUUUUCCCGUGCUGGAUCGUGCCAUCCGCAGCAUCAGCAAGAAGUACCGUCCCAGACUCCGCCCCACGCUCCGAGAGGAGCCACAGAGCGAGUCGGAUGACGAGCCCUUCAUUGUGGCAGAAGGCGGGCUGCGCACGGACUCGAGCCUCGGCUUCCCGUCCUACGAUCCCUGA